AUCUUAUCACUCCGAAAGGUAAGUUUUUUGCAGUCCUAAUAUGAAAGUAAUUUCAUUUUUAAUUUUUAGAUGGGUGGCAAAGUUGCUACUUAACAAAACCGGCUCUUUCUCUUUCUCUUUCUCUUCUGCUAAUUCUGAAGCUCUUCAAAUCUUCUCCUUUGUCUGUACUUAGUGUGUUUGUUCCAUUUGAGCUCAAGAACUUUGAUGUCUACACCACUUGAGCAUGAUUACAUAGGCCUAUCAGAGACUUCUUCCAUGCAAAGAAUCUCUGAAAAGCUCUCUUCUCCUUCUUCUUCUUCUUCCUCCUCCUCCUCAACUGAGCCAAACAACAACUGCAGCAACAAAAACAAAACUUGUCUCAACUUCAAAGAGACUGAGCUGAGGCUUGGCUUGCCGGGUUCAAACUUUCCUGAAAGGAAACCACCAAAUGGGGUUUCUCUUUUUGGGAAAGACAUUGAAAACAGCACUAAUGGGUUCUGUGUCACCCCUAUGAAGAAUAUUGUCUCUGGGGCAAAAAGGGGUUUCUCUGAUGCCAUUGACGGAUCUUCUGGCAACUGGGGUCUAUCCAUUAAUGGUAAAUCUGACGCUGCUUUGUGUAAAGGAGGUGUUCUGUAUUCUCCUAGAGAUCGUGUUUUGGAUGAUAAAAGUAAGAUCAUAAAAGAUGCUGCAGAUGUUGUGCCUCUGUCUCCAAAGCCAACAGUUCAAGAGAAGAAAAAUCAAGCUCCUGCUGCCAAUGAGCCAAGUAAUGCUCCUGCUGCAAAAGCACAGGUGGUGGGAUGGCCACCAAUCAGAUCAUUCAGGAAGAACACCAUGGCCUCUAAUUCAGCAAAGAAUAAUGAUGAUGCUGAAGCCAAGUCAGGAUCCGGGUGUCUCUAUGUAAAAGUUAGCCUGGAUGGUGCUCCAUAUCUAAGGAAAGUUUAUCUCAAAGCCUACAGCAAUUAUAUGGAACUCUCAUCAGCCCUUGAGAAAAUGUUCAGCUGCUUUACCAUAGGCCAGUGUGAUUCUCAUGGACUUCCAGGGCGAGAUGGCCUAAGUGAGAGUUGUUUGAUGGAUGGUUUCCAUGGUUCUGAAUAUGUGCUUACAUAUGAAGAUAAGGAUGGCGAUUGGAUGCUCGUGGGUGAUGUACCUUGGGAUAUGUUCACUGACAGUUGUAGAAGACUAAGAAUCAUGAAAGGUUCAGAGGCCAUCGGACUCGCUCCAAGGGCAAUGUUGAAGAGCAAAAACCGAAGUUAAUGGUAAAGGAUGUCUUGAAACCGCCAAAAAAAAGUAGUUUCUGAAGAUCCUCCAAGUGUUUUUAGUUCAGCAUUUUGCUCAAGAAUUAUAUAUGUAUACAUAUUAUCAUAUAUCACAAGUUUGACGUAUUUCAUUAGUUAUUUUGGGGGAAACUUCCUACUAGACAGAAAUAUUGCUCUGGAGAUAUUCUUCUUUAAGUUUGUCUCAAGUCUAUUUUUGUUCCUCUUUGUCUUUUUUGUGCAUUGUAGUUGAUGUAUAAAUGGAUGAUGGCUUGCUUAUUAAUCUCUCCCGUCUUUCUCAGCCUUCAGAAAGGGAAGCUGAUUGGCAUUUGUAA